UCAAAAUGAAUUGUUUGAGAGGGAAAUCGAGGAAAUCAAACUAAAGGCACAGUCCCCUGCGUCUCUGGCCCAGGAGCACGAGACGGAGCUUAUGGACCUGAGGAACCUAGUUCAUGACAUCACCCUUCAGAAGCGUCAGAUCGAGAUAGAGCAUCAGAACCUGGAGGAAGAUUUCCUCACCUUGAGAGACAAGUACGAGCAGGAGGCACGUGACCGCUCGGAUGCAGAGAACGGCAUCCUUGUGCUGAAAAAGGACGCCAACGAUGCAUACCUCGCCAAACUUCAGUUGGACGAGAAAGCGCAGUCUCUGGUGGACGAGAUUCACUUCCUGAAGUUGAACCAUGAGGACGAGGUAUCAGAAAUGGUGUCCCAGAUCCAAGAGGCUCAAGUAAUGGUCAAGGCGCACGAAUUUAGCAAACCUGACAUCACUGCAGCUCUCCGAGACAUCCGUGUGCAGUUAGAAGGUCACGCCACCUCCGACUUUCAGCAGGCCGAGGAGGGCUUCCGUGUCCAGUUCGCAAAGUUAACCAAAGCGGCAGAGAGCAACAGAGAGGUGCUGAAGGCGACCCAGCAGGAGAUCCAGGAGAAUAGAAGGCGCCUGCAGGGGAAAACAAUUGAACUGGACUGUGGGAAAGGAAUGAGAGAGGCCCUGGAAAAACAACUACAAGAGCUGGAGGAGCGUCACUAUGCGGAAAUGAUUCAUUACCAGGACACUAUCAGGCAGCUGGAGAAUGAGCUGACCAAUGCUAAACUAGACAUAUCUGGCUACCUGAGGGAGUACCAGGACCUGCUGAAUGUCAAAAUGGCUUUGGAUGUGGAGAUUCUCUCUUACAGGAAACUCCUGGAGGGUGAGGAGUCCCGUCUGUACACCAUCUCUGACACCCACAUCUCCAUGCCCUGCAUCUACCGCCAGUCCCCCGUCUACACCCUGCCUUGCCUGGCCCGGCGGGGAGGGUCCACACGCAGGUCUGAGCCCCAGUACAAGUUUGUUGAGGAGAUCAUCACUGAGACCACCAGAGACAUGGAGAUGUCCGAGAUCGAGGAGACAGGCUCCGAGGAGACGGUCGGGGGAGAGGGAGACGAGUUGAGACAGAAGCAGGGAGAAGAGAGUGACAAAGCUGAGAGGAGGAGUGGGGAAGAGGUGGAUGAGCAGAAAGAGAAAGAUAGAGGUAAAGUGGAUGUUGAAGUGGACGCCCCGGAGGAAGAGGGUGAACAGGAGGAAGAGUCUAAGAGACAGCAGAUGGUAACAUCAGCAGAGGUCGAGGUAAAUGGAGAUGGAGUUAGCCCUAGCGAGGGAGAAAAUGGAGAGGAGGGAGAGGAUGAAAGAGAGGAGGAAAAGGGGGGUGAGCCAGAUGCAAUCAAAAAGACAGAGGACAUUGACAGAGGUGAAAAUACACAAAGUGAAGUCAACUCAGCUGAGGCCACCAGUGAGGGAGAGAAGGAAAAACUGGACACAACAGAGAAGCUAGACAGCGAGAUAAAGGGGACAUUAGAAAAAGAUGACACCCCAAAACAUGGUGAAUCCCAACCAGAGAUUCCCAUCUCAACAGAACCCAAAACUUCAGUCAGAGGAUAGCAAAACAGGAAGUUCAA